ACAAGCAGAGGAGGGAGGCGAGCUAACAUAAGAGAGAGAGAGAGAGAGAGGGAGAGAGGGAGAGGGCGAGAGAGGAGUAAGAGAGAGAGAGAGAGGGGAAAGAUAGAGAGAGAGAGGGAGGCAGGCGGACUGCUGCCAUCAAGGACUACUGGUGCCAUUUUCAGCAUCACAGAGAAAAAGGAUAGAGCGGCUCGGCUCGGCUCGGCUCGGCUCACCUCUGCUCACAGCUGCUUGAGUGGUGGGACUGGAGGGACAACACAGGAGAGGAGGGACCAGCCUGCCCCUGACUCAGAACCCCUAAAUCCCCCUUUUCCCCCUUCCCAUCUCACCUCACCUCCCCCUUCCGGCUCUGACUACAGACGGAGACGGUGAUGCAGUCCUUCCGUGAGCGCAGCGGUGGUUACCACAGCAACCAACCCUGCUACCAGCAGGAACCCCAUGAAUUAUCCCGCCUGGAGAACUACCGGCAACACCCGCAUCACCCCCAUCCUCAGCACCCACACCCAGGCCCAGGUCCACAUCCAGGUCCUGGACCGGGGCACACGAGGCCAGGUUAUGAGACGCAUUCACUAGCAAACAGCGCAAGCCUCCCCACAGGUGGGGGACAAGGGUCUGGAGUUGGACCCAAGGACUGUUACAGCCAACAAGCCUAUACUGGUUACCCAGGUGGUGGAGGAGGCAGCGGGACUGGUACUGGGGGCUCGGCAUCCACGCAGGUGAAAAAGUCCUACAGAGGAGGCAAAGUACCACUACCAAAUCCUGGACAGCAACUACAGGGUCCUGGUGGAUAUGGAAACCAAAUGGGCUCUGGGAAUUACUCAGCUCAGUAUUUGACUGAAGGCCUUCUUCAGCAAAAGUGGGAGGACACAGCCCAGUUAACCCAGUACGACCAGGAUAUAUUAGGGCGUAUAGAAGGUGCUGGUACCCCUGCACCUGCCCAUUCCCAGUACAUUGACCAGAACAUUCUGGGUCAUGCUCAGACCCAGUGUCACCAGCCACCUGCUCCUGCCUAUACCAGCCCUCACCAUCAGUCCCAUCCUCCUAACCCUGCGUCCUCCUCUCUCAUGUACCCCCAGGGUCCCCUUCACUACCCUCAGCACUCACCUUCUCCUUCACCAUACAUGGAAAAGUGUAACCCUAUGCCUGCGUGUUACAAAGGUUACAACAUUCCUCCCAAUUCCCAGUAUGGUAGACAAAUGACCAGUCACAGCAGUUUAAAACAGGGAGGUUACAGGUCAGGACAGAACAGUUAUGGCUACCAGCAACCUUCCUCCAGAGUGUACGAACAACAGGCUCCUCUACAGUCUAUGACGAACCCCCAAGAGCCCCACCCUAAAUAUCAGCAUUACAGCCAAACCCAACAAAACUACUGUCUCUCGGAAUUGUCCGUCAGAUCGCCGGAGCAGUAUUACCAGACCUGUAGCCCCUCAUCCAGCCACUCCCCUGCUCGCUCUGUAGGGCGUUCUCCCUCGUACAGUUCCACUCCUUCACCACUAAUGACCAAUCCAGAAUCAUUCCAGUAUGGCCAACCUCCGAUGACUCCUGGAGCAGCUUCUUCCACAUCAUCCUCUUCAGCUGGUAUCCAGGAGCAAGUUAGCACAAACACUAUGUUAAUGCCCCCACGCUCACAUCCCUCGCCCAGCAUGACGCACGCCUCUACGCACAACUACACUUCCACACCGCAAGUUCCCACAAUGAAAGAGCGCUUCUCAGAAAAACUACUGACAAACCCCAGUUUGUGGAGCCUGAAUGCCCUCACCUCUCAGGUAGAAAACAUUUCAAACAAUGUGCAGCAGCUGCUGCUUUCAGAAGCCCUAGUGGCAAACAAGAAAGGCGCCAAGCGCAGCAGCGGUGGGAGCAACAGCAGCGCUGGAAGUGGAGCAUCUUCCAAAAAAGGUGAAGAGUACAGAAGUCCUUCAUAUCCAGACAGUGGUAUUGGGGGAGGGAGCAUGCAGGACCCUUAUUCUACCCCACAACACCAGCCUAUACCCAUGGAAAUAAAUGAAGGAGGCUACUCCAGUAGUAGUGAUGAACAACUGGAAAGAGGUUAUUUCUACUGUGGCCAAGGCCGAAGUCCAUCACAGGCCCCCAACAACACACACCUCAGCUUGGACACAGUCUCCUCGUGCUCAAUGACAUCACCUGAUGAUAUGUCCACUAGAUCGGGGGACUCAGGAGUGCACAACCUUACCCCUGAUCCAACAAGGUGUCAAUCGGGACAGAGAGGAGACGACAUGGGUACACCAGUGAAGAGCACCGGUGACGAAAGGUCUCCUAUAAGCAUUACUAUCCCGAGUCCAAUAAAACAAGAACUGAACUCCCCCUCAGACAGACAACAAGAUGAGCUUCUCAAAGAGAACUUUGAAGAGUCUGCAUGGACAGAAAAAUUAGCUGACAAAGACGAGAUAAGAACAGAAAAAUCACCUGACCACGGCACAGACAUAGACACAACCAAAUCAAAGGACAGCCUGAAGAAAUGGCUGGAUGAGAAAUAUUCUGCUCUGCACAGCAACGUAAACAAAGAAGAAACAGAGAGAAGUUAUUGUUAUGAGGAGUAUGAAGGGGUUCAGGAGAACUUUGACCCUGAUUCAAGAGAACUGGUUGAGCAAUCGUCUGCAAGUCUUUCUGUGUCUAGCCACCAGGAACACUUUGGUCAAGAGAUAAAAUCUAAAACUUUCAAAUCUGCGUCUCCAACAGCUUCCGAGAGCUCACUGAAAACGUUGCCUUUUAUUUCGGGGGGUGACCUUGAACCGGAUCAAUAUUCCAUUGAGAAAGAAGAUAGCUCAGAGAACACCUCUCCAACCCCGGCGAUGGAGCCCUACGAUGAGAGCAAUGCAGACAAGGUAGAAAGCAGAGAAGAGGAGGAUGAAGAUGAAGGAGAUAGAGAGGAAGACAAUGAGGCUGAUGAUGAAGACGAAGACGACACACAGAAGCAUGAGCAACAUUCUCUUUCCCCUCCUCUUUCUGCAGAGGUUGGGGAGGAACUGGGGGAAGGGGAGAAAAUGAGCAAGUCAACAUCUGAGGAGCACAUGAAUAAUACAGACGAGCCGGAAACACCUCAUGAAAGUCUGUGCAUCAUGAAUGAGAGUACCGAGCUUCAUACUGACAGAGAUUUUGUCGGGGCUCCUGCCCAUCUGAAUACAGCAGUAGCAGAUGCUUCUGCAAGAGAGUCAGCCAUCGGUGACACUGCUCCACAGCCCCAGUCUGCUAUGCCAAUUUUCUCAGCUCUCAAUGACAAAGCGGCACCUCCAGCUCCAGCCAGGGAUCAUAUCGAUCAUAGUGAUGCUAAAGUGCUGGAGCCAGAUUCUCCUCAGCUUCCAGGGAAGUCAAUUCUUCCUUCAGCCCCCUCCUGGGCUGAUACACCACCUUCUCCACAAAAAGGUGACGAGGAUGUGGAGCCAGGCAUCAGUGGUGCCAGUGCUGUGACCCCUUUGGCAAAGUCAGAGUCUGUGGCCCCAUCUGCUCAGCCCAGGGCAUUUGGGAGAAAACAUGCCAGAGGCAGAAGAAGAAUCAUGCAUUCAAGUGUGGGAAUUAGACGACAACCAAGUUUGGAGACAGACGUGGAGAAAGAGAAGGAAGGAGCUCCUUCACCCGCUCAGAAAGCCACCAUGCCUCCGAGCAAAACUGUACUAAUCUCAGAUCAAAUGGAUUUAGCUCAUCAAGAAUCACUUGUGAGCCAAACUCCCAAAAUGAUAAGUGACGGUAUCGGUUCCAGAAUGUGCACACGCUCAUUCAACGCACCUGACCUGCUCUCCAAAGCUGAGCCUAAUAUUAAAAGAAAGCCAGGUCCAAAACCAGGUUCAAAAAUUGAAUCAAGACCAGGGGCCAAACUGGCAGCUAAGCCCGGACCAAAACCAGGGCCCAAACCUGGACUAAAGCCAAAGGUUUGUCUUAAACCAGGUCCUAAACCAGGACCAAGACUUGUGCCAAAAGAAGAAGAACUGCCAGUAAAAUUUGAGGCUGCUGGGAAACGAAAACCUGGACCUAAACCGGAGACUAAGACUGAACAGAAAACAGCUCUAAAGCGAGGUCCAAAACCAAAGCCAAAACCUGAACCUGAUGCAACACAGGAUCUUCCCACCAUAGACCCUGUAGUUUGUAAGGCUCCAGUGGGUCGUCCAAAAGGCUCAGUUUCCAAAACAAAGCAGUUAGAAGUUGAAGAGACUACACAACAUAUUAUAAGAUCACAAAGCAGGAGCAGACGGACACUGAAAGUUACAAUAUCACAGGAAAACAAAGAUGAAAAUGCAGCAAACGGGGAGGAAAAAGAGAAAGAAACUAAAAACAUGGUCUUAAGGUCCAGAAAAACCUCACAAGAAAAACUGUUAAAAGAAAAGGAGAAAAACAAAGGAGAGGACAUUGCGACCCCUCCACAAACAGAAAUGAAUAGAACAGAUGUUUCUCCAAAAGUGGAAGAGUCUUUAACGGUAGAACAAAGUUGCACUUCUGCUCUGACCACAAUAGAAAACAUAGAUAUUCCAUCAGAUCUCCCUGCAUCGCUCGCCUCACCAGACCCAACUGAACAAUCUGAGGACACGACAUCACUUCCACUAAAACGAAAAUCUACCCCAGAAGUCAUUCAUCCACCAAUUAAGAAAAAGAGGGGUCCAAAGCCCAAACCAAAACCUUCAACACUCCAAGCACAGGAAGUCCAACAGCUGGAAGAAAAUGUCCCAGCGACUAAAGAGCAGGCCGUUCGUGCAUCGGGAAGAAAGCGUGGGCCGCCCAGGAGAACCUCUGUGGACAGCACCUUAACCAAAGACACGACUAACAGCAGUGAAACAGACAUCACGAGUGAUCUACCCCUGGUGCCACCCCAGUGCCCGACAAAAACUAAAGUUCUUCCACCGAGAAAAGGCAGGGGGCAGAAAUAUGAAGCCAUGGUGCAGAAAAUCACAUCUCCCAGCUCCAAGAAGCAUAUACCACUGAUUCAGAUGGACAAUAAUGUAUCUGAUGACAUCACGGCCAAGGUGUUGUCUCACACUGAGACAUCUGUGGCAGAGGAAGUGCACGUUGUAGAAGUUAAACAAGAAGAAAUCAAACUUCAGGAGAAAGUGGUGACAAAGGAGGACGCAGAAAUAAACGAGGUAAAAGAAGCAACAUCAGCGUCAGAGGAGGUGAGACAGGCGGUGGAAGAACAGGUUUUAAAUCAAGACUAUACAAUGGAUCAUAAACCAGACAGACAGCAGAACGUUGCAGCCGACCAAGUUCCUAGUUUGAUGGCCGUCCCGGUUGAAGUAAGUUCUCCAGAAACACUAACAUCUCACAGUUCAGAAGGAGGUUCUUUGUCUAUUAAUAAGUCUUCAAGAAUUAAAAGGAAGAGAUGGGCUAUGGUGGAGAGUACAGAUGCAUCUGUAGUAGCCCUGGAGGCCGGGAGCCUCAUAGUCACAACACCUAGGUUAGCUAAGCAAAAGGCCAUUAAAAACAACCAUGAGAUGCACCUAAAGCAGAAGAGAAAGAAAAGGAAAGGCCAAGAUCCUCAUGAAGAAGCAGAGCCAGCUGAGGAGCUAGAACAGAAUGAAGAGGAAACCAGAACCCAAACCUCUCCAGAACCAAAGGGGUCGGCUGAAGAGUAUAUCACUGAAACCACAGAACAAACAGAGGUAGAGGAGAAAAUAGGUCCCAUGGACUCUGUCCUACCAAUCAGUCCAGAUAAAAUCACAGAAAUCCUAAAUAAUCCCAGUCCAGAAGAUCACCAGAAACCCCGGAGAGGAAGGAAACCAUCAGCAAACCCAACUAAGAGGAAGAAAAUCAAAGUUGAACCAGAGCAGAACCCUGAUGCACCAGUGAAGAUCUACAAAAAACCUGGGCCAAAACCCGGCAUGAAAGACGCCCUGGAAGUGAUUGAAGCAGUGGUGAGGGCUGCUGGGUGUGAACAGGCUGAAAAAGAAGAGAGGGAGAAAGCAGAGAGAGAACAAAGAGAGGGAGAGAGUGAAGAAAAACACAGUACAUGUUAUGUUGGUCCAACAGUUUUGGUAUCAGAAACACAGACGGAGACCAUUGCUGUAAAAAGAAUCCGGCGCAGGCCAGUGCACUGCUCUAAAAUGUCUUUUUUACCCUACGUGAGGCUCAACAACUCCAGAGAUUUUUCCUCCUGGUGUGCUGUGGUGAACAAGCCUGAGGACGCCGUCAUAUUUCAGAGACGCAGAAAGAAGGGAAUACUCCGGAUGAAGAAUCCAUUUACGGUCGCAAAGGUUGCACCACACACGGCUGCCAUGUUGCAGGGACCUCUGGUCAAUAAAGGCCUGACCAGGAGCAGUCUCAGCUGCAGUCUGUGUGGUCAUCCAGCAAACUACAGAGACCUGGGUGAUCUGUGUGGGCCCUACUACACCGAAGGAAGUUUACCCAGGAAGAUUCUGACAGUAACGCACACAGACUCCCACAGAAAAGUGUCAGAGAACGGCAGUGAAGGCAGCUGUGGCAACAGUGAAAAAACAGAGGUUCCCAUGAAGAGUGAAGGCGAGUGCGUCGCAGAACAGCAGAGCAAGACCGAAACCAUCUCCCAAGAGGGCAGCAGUGGCAGGAACCAUCACUGGCAUUACCGACGUGCCGCAAGAACAGAGAGGAAGGGUCAGGAGGGUGGGACCCAUCGUUUAACUCUUAGAGAGCGGGUCAAGAGGAUGAAGCACCCCCAGCACCUCCAGGCCAGCACCUCGGGGGCUUUGGGUGACCAAGAGGGCGGCGACAGCACAUUCCAAAGGCUCCAAGCAGAGGCAGAGGCCCAAGAACACUGGGCCCAUGAAAACUGUGCUGUCUGGACCAAGGGAGUAAUUAUGGUGGCUGGAAGGCUGUACGGGCUGAAGGAGGCUUCCAACAACGCAGCUCAAACGAGCUGCCACAAGUGCCAGAAGGCGGGGGCGUCCCUCAGCUGCUGCUGGAGAGGCUGCUCUUAUAGGUACCAUUAUGUCUGCGCCAAAGAGACAGGCUGCACAUUCCAUGAGGAUGACUUUUCCAUCAAAUGUCCUAAACAUGAGGAUCUGUAAAUGUUUCCACUAAACCAUCGCGGCUCAGCCAGACAAGGGGAACUGCUGUCUAACAGCCACCUACGCGUAACACAAACACGGUGAUGACUAAGGAUGGCGAGGCCGCUGGAAGGUUACAGUGACGUAAGAGGAAGACUGUGACAAGGUGGAGCUUGGAGGGAAAAAAGGUUCCACAGGGACCGGCUCAUCCGAGAACAAGGCCUGGAAAAAAAACCACCUCUCCUCUGAGGAACUGAGUGGACGGCGGAAGGCGGCGUCACUGUUUAACAGGAGGACAGCCUGCGCUGAGGAGACUGUGUGGCUGUGGGGCCCAGCACAAAGAGGGCUGUUUAAAAUGCAGUGUGUGUGUGUCUGUGUGUGGGUGUGUGUGUGUUGUGCCUUUUGAAGGCCUGCUAUCAUAUUCAGACACCUGGUGGACAAUGUUAGGGAAGAAUCAUCCCUCUGGCCAGACAGGCUGGCCAAAAGGGAAGUGACUGUAUGUGAGUGUGUGUGUGUGUGUGUGUGUGUGUGUGUGUGCGAGUGUGAUAAUCACAAACGUGUCAUCAUUCUGCCAUCAUACGAUCAGUGUGUCUGUAAAGAAGUGCAUCUCACCAGAUUUAAAACACACCACACGUCCCAACGUGGACGUUCGUACUAUCUCAAUGUUCGUGUUCAAAACAACCGAGACAAAAAAGAAAACUCUACGUGACGACGGGCCUCACAGGUUCUAAGGAGGGGGAAAAAAAGUAGACAUAUUUUAAUAAAAUGCUCUUAUCUUCUGAGAUGUAUUUUGACGUGUAUUACGACUACAACAUCAUGGCACCACCUUUGGUACUGUGUUUGUGUUACUCUGAGAUUUAAAAAAAACAAACAAACAAAAAAAAAAAAAAA